AUGGACGGCCAGGCUUCACACCCCGUCGCCGUCGCACCCGAAUCCCUGCCGCAGCCACCUCCGCAUCUGGAGACGGAGGCGGAGGAUGACCCCGUCGUCGUCCCCGACGCCUCCGAUGCCGCUUCUUCGGAGCCUUCCAAGGUCGGCGCCCUUUCGACGUCGCCUCUUAUUAAGGCGGAGGACGACCCGGUCGUCGUCCCCGACUCCGUCGAACUCGCUUCUUCGGAGGCCUCCGUGGUUAGCGCAGGUGGUGUAGUGCCGCCGCCACCGCCGUCGCGGCCUCUUGAUGCGGAGGAGGAUUCCCUCAUCGUCCCCGACACUUCCGAGGCCGUUCCUUCGGAGGCCACCAAUGUUGGCACAGGUAGCGUGGUGCCCCUGUUACCAUCUCCACCUCUUGAGGCGGAGGACGACCCCCUCAUCGUCCCCGUUAUUGAUGCCUCUUCGGAGGCCUCCGACGUGGUUACCUCUGGUGUCGUGCUUACGGACGAGCUCCGUGACAAGAUAGUUAAACAGGUGGAGUACUACUUCAGUGAUGAGAAUCUUCCCACAGAUGAGUUUAUGUUGAAAUUUGUGAUGAAGAACAAGGAGGGCCUUGGUAAUGUUCCGCUUGGAGUUAUUGCAUCAUUCAGGAAAAUGAAGAAACUUGUUCAGGACCACUCGACAAUUGAAGCUGCCCUUAGGACAUCAUCCAAGCUGGUUGUGAGCUCUAAUGGGAAAAGGGUCAGAAGGUUACAUCCCUUACCAUGCAAUGAAUUGAAAGACGUGAAGAAAAGGACUGUUGUGAUGGAAAAUCUACCUCUGGAUUUCGCCCUGGAGAGUGUACAGGAGAAAUUUGGAUCAGUUGGCAAGAUUAUGAAGAUAACCAUCCAUGAUCCACAUGCAGUUGGUGAAUCUGCAGCAUCGAAGAAGCCUGACUUCAUGUUGAGUAAUAAGGUACAUGCCAUUGUUGAGUAUGAAGCAGUGGAGGCAGCUGAGAAGGCUGUGGCAACCUUAAACGAUGAGAGGAACUGGAGAACUGGGAUGAGAGUCAUACUCCUGGCUAAACGAAGUGUAGUGGGAUCAGGAAAGAAUAUCCAGUCUUCAAAAGAAAAUCAUGGCACAUGUUUGAGAAAGAACAACGAGGGCCAGUUUUCAAAAGAAGUACAGCAGUCGGUAUCAGAAAAAAAUGGUGGUGCUGAUUCAGGAGAGGUUGCUUCAGAUAAGGAGAAUGUGAACUCUGAUGUUAACCAUGAGGAAGUGCGCCAACAACAAAGGGCAAAUGCUAGCGGUGGUCGAAAAGGCAGAUACAGAAGCCAAGGAAAAGGUCUGAGUGGACAAGGGCAUGGCUCAUCCCCUACUAUUCCUGGUUCUGACUCUGCAAACAAGCCUAUUUCUGGGCCAAGAAUGCCGGAUGGAACAAGGGGCUUCACAAUGGGGCGCGGGAGAUCGCUUCCACUUCCGAAAGCCGAGAAGGCCCAGAAGACUGAGGAAUAG